ACAUAAUCGCAGUAGCUGUUCUGCAGUCAAGUGGCUUUGAUAUCAUAAGUUUGUUUUGAUAUAAUGUAAUUAUUUUAUAAAUACUGUUGAAUUUAAAUAUUUUUAACACCAUCAAUUAAAUUACUAAAUAAAUAAAAAUGGCAUUCUUCACGAAAUAUUUAGUUUUUGAUAUGUUUAUUGGAUUGGUGUCUUUAUUUUUCUUAGCAUAUUUGUACAUGACACGUAAAUUUAAGUACUGGAAAAAACAAGGAAUAACUGAAGUGACACCAAUACCAUUUGUUGGAAAUUUUGGAGCAUGUUUGAUUGCUAAAAAAUCAGCAGGAAGAUGGAUCCAAGAUAUUUAUGAGUGGGGAUCAGGAUUACCUUACGUGGGUUUAUACAUUUUUGAUAAACCUGCACUUUUAUUUCGUGAUCCUGAACUUGUGAAAAAUGUACUCGUACGGGACUUUAAUUAUUUCCAAGACAGAUAUGCCAGAGCAAGCCCACAUGAUCGACUCGGUGAUGCAAACUUGUUUUUGUUGAAAAAUCCAGCUUGGAAAUUAGUGAGGACCAAGCUCACACCAAUCUAUACAUCUGGUAGAUUGAAGAAAAUGUUUGAGCUUAUGGUUGAAAUUGGUAAUGAUCUUUCAACACACAUGGAAAACCUUCAUUUGGAAGGAGAAGGAAAAACUUUGGAAAUGAAAGAAUUAGCUGCCAAAUUUACAACUGAUAUGAUUGCUACAACAGCAUUUGGUGUUAAAGCGAAUUCUCUAAAUGAUCCAAAUGCAGAAUUUAGACAAUGUGGUAGAAAAAUAUUCGAAACUUCUUUGUACCGUAACUUUGAAUUGACUGCAAUAUUUUUUGCUCCAAGUCUAGUUAAGCCAUUGAAUUUACAGUUCAUGUCGAAAGAAGGUGCUGACUUUUUGCGAAAUACAAUGUCAAGUGUUAUAAAUGAAAGAGAACGAUCUGGAUUUAAACGAAAUGAUUUGAUCGAUUUGCUUGUAGAGUUAAAGAACAAUGCUAAAAACGAUAGUGCAUUUAAAAAUUUGUUUGAUUUUUCUGGUGAUAAUUUAGUUGCCCAAGCUGCUGUUUUCUUCAACGGCGGUUUUGAAACCUCUUCGUCAGUUAUAAGUUUCACACUUUAUGAAUUAGCACUUCAUCCUGAAAUUCAAUCAAAAUUAAGAGAAGAAAUAAAUGACGCACUACAUGAAUCUGAUGGAAAAAUUACUUAUGAAAUGGUUAUGAAUAUGCCAUAUAUGGAUAUGUGCGUAUCAGAAACCUUACGGAAAUAUCCCCCACUACCUUUCUUAGAUCGUGUAACAACUGAAAAUUAUAAAAUUCCUAAUUCAAAUAUUACUCUAGAGAAAGGUACUCCAGUUGUUAUUUCUGUUUCUGGUCUUCAUUUUGAUUCAGAAUAUUUCCCGGAUCCUGAUAAAUAUGAUCCAGAACGCUUCAGUUCAGAAAAUAAAAAAGCUACCAAACCAUUUGUUUACAUUCCUUUCGGAGAAGGACCACAUAUAUGUAUUGGUAUGAGAAUUGGAUUACUCCAAUCUAAACUUGGCCUUAUCAAGUUAUUAUCUGAAUAUGAAUUUACUCCUUGUAAUGAAACUUUAAUUCCUAUGCAAUUAACUCCAAAAUCUGUGUUAACAACUGCAUUAGGUGGAAUUUAUUUAAAUACAAAAAAAAUAAAAGCUGCAUAAUAUUUAGAAAAUAAAA